AAGGUUGCGACAACAUGAUGCAAUUUCUGGCUUUUAAGCCGGUGCACAGCCCUCAAAUGCUUGCAAAUCAGUUGAAACAAGAUGUUAGACACUAGCUGAAUCAUUUAAAAAUAUUUUUCGAAGAGAGAAGCUGCCUGUAUGGCUGAAAAUUUGGUUGCAACCGAGCCGUGCGAGGCCGAAGGAGCCGCAGACGACGUCUGUGACACUUUGGAUUUUCAAAGUUUUGAAGACGAAAUACGGGAACUCUUGUGCCCCAAGGUAAACUUGAUGUAUUGUAGUUUUAUAUGAUUUUCACAUUGGCAAGCAUGACUUGCUUAUGACGGUACUAAUGGUCAUUACCAUUAGACUAAAUUUUGAGCUAAAUUUACAAUAUUUUUAUGUAGGAGACCAAACAGGUUGCCUUGCUGAGACAAAUCUCAGGAGACAUAGAGCAGAUCCAGGCAGAUGAAAUAUUAGCAUUAAAAGCAAUAUUUGAAGAUGACUUACGAAUGGUUGAUGAAAGCACCGCAAAAUAUUUCAAGAUAAAAAUCAACCCCAUCGCAGAGCAAUGUCACGACGACGAGGUGGUGGAUCUGUGGUUCUGGUAAUUUCCAACUUUUUGCUGUUUUGCCAAGUUCCUAGCCAGUGUGCUUACGAGAGGCAUUCACCCCCCUGAAAAUAUUCAAAAUGGCAGACUUUUAGGGGGGUGAAGCCUCUCAUAAGUACACUUGUUAGGAAUGUUAGGCAAGUGCAUUUUGAUGACGAAUCCUUUCGAGUCAUGGCUUUUUGGCUCAGUUGGACUUCUGCAUAAUGCUAAAAAAUUGCGGGAACCAAUGAAUAUUUUAAUGAAAUACAAAAACAAUGGUAACUCUGAAAAUGAACAUAUCUUUGAAAGAUUUAGUCAUCAUUAGGAAUCUGAUUGCAUUUCUAGGAAUCUAUAUUGCACAACCAAUCACCCCACACUCUUCACAUGAGAAUAUGCACACACAUCACUCUGCCACAAACACCCCAUGAAAACUAUGAAUAGGCCAUAGGGAUGAGCCGAUUAAUCGGUAAAUAAUUGGCAAAGUUGAUUAAUCGGCCGUUUUUUAAAUAAUCGGCUGAUUAUUGCUUGAUAAUCGGCAAAUAAUUGGCCCAUAAGACUUUUUCUGCAGUUGCCAAUUACGUGCUAAAAUACUGAAUACAAGCGAAUAGAUUUUCACAUUUUGUUGCAAAAUCUGUGUCUUUUGUCUCAAGCGAAGUGAAGCUGGGAACAUUUCCACACAAAAACGCAGCAGACUAACUCCGCAUAGCUGACAAUGUCUCAUUUGUAUUGCAUGUGUAAAUGAGCCUUAUGAUUUCUUAGCAUUUCUCCAAUAUCAUCAUCUCUAGCUUGCCAUCUCAGUAUCCAGUCAUUCCUCCAAUAUUCGAAAUAGAAGGCCAUGGAUCACUCAGUUCUGCCAAAGCUGACAAGCUUUAUUCGCUUCUCAUGAAGGAAGCUUGUUCUCGUCUUAACUCCCUCAUGAUUUACGAUCUCAUCACCAUCGCACAGGACUUUGUGCAGGAAACAAUGGCAGAGGUCCGAGAGAGGAGGAAAAAAGAGGAAGUUACUUUUGAUGAAGAGGUUUGUCACUAGAGAAUGUAGAAAUAUGUAAAUCCAAUUUCAUCUCAAAACUGAAAGGUGCUUGCUCUAAGGUGCUCACACUUUUCAUAUCGUGAAAAAAUUAGGAUAGGUAGGUACGUCGGAAAUAAAUUUUUGUUUUAAUAUUUUUUCCUGGUUUUGACGGUUGUUUGCUGGGCGAGUCCCGACAUCAAUAUUAACUUGAGAUGCAUAUUUCCUAUGGACGAAUGUAGGCAAUUUGGUUCAAUAAUUAUUAUCAGUGACAACAGACACCAUUUUGGCACACCGUAUGACAAUCGGUAUGAGCAGCCCACAACCACCCGGAGAAAAUAGGGUCGCAUGGUCAAUCGUGUUGAAAAAAUAAUAGGGUCAGCCUAACGACUGUGUCCUCAAAUACGACUGAUCCAUCUUUGUGUUUAUCACAGUUUUGGCCAUAGAGCCUUGUUUCCAUGUACGCAACAUUAGUAAUAGAGCUUAACAUGUCAAUCACGAAAAUGAGGCUCUAUGGCAAGAUGAUGUACUUUUCGGAAGUACAGUAUGUAUGUAUUGUCAGUCCAUCGCUGGCCAGUCUGUUGGUCGAUUAGUCAGUUGGUUGGUUAAUUGGUUGGUUGGUCGAUCGGUUGGUUGGUUGGUUGGUUGAUCAGUUGGUUGAUUGGUUGAUUGGUUGGUUGGUCAAUCAGUCGGUUGGUCGGUUUGUUGGUUAAUUGGUUGGUUGGUCCAUAAUUCAGUAACCUGUUUUGUCAAUCAGUGAGUUAAAAGUUAUCAUAAUCUUGAACAAUCUACUAAAACUUUUCAUUUUAGCCAAAAUUAGAAGAAUGUACAAGCGACAAUGCCAUUGAAGAACAUUUGGAUACCAACCACUAUACCAACUAUGGUGGCAUUGACUUGCGAGAUACACAGAAAUAUAUUGGACAUAUACAUGUCUUAGAGAAAGUUCCAAGUCAUUUAAAAAUACAAUCUGUAAGUACAGCUAGUGUUAUUACGCAGCCUAAAACCAUGCAUGGCUGCAGACACGGAUAUACUUUACAUAUGCUUGCAUUGCUUAAGAGGAGGAGAGCCUUGUACAUUGUAAUCUUCUGUUGUUUUGCUUUUCUUAGCUUGAAAAUAUCAUGAAACACAACUUGGUGAACAGAUUUAACUCUGCCUGGGAGAAAAUGUCUAGGAAAUAUGAGACAGAGUCCAGGAAAUUUCCGAAACAAUUUCUUACCAUGCCCAGGGUUGCAUUUCAUGGAACACGUCAAGGAAAUGUUCCGAAUAUAGGUAUGGUGUAUCAGUG